UAUGAUUAGAAUAUUUUGUGGUCAUAACGUCCCGAAAUUUCGAACAAAUUCUGAUAUUGAACAAUAAAUAUGUUCAAAAUAUAUCUCUUCAGUUUCUAGUAAUCUAAUCUAAGAACUUGUUGUAAAAUUUUUCGGGAUUCAUUGAUUCAUAUGUAAAAUGUCUGCAAGAAAUGAUGCAGUCAAACAGAGUAAGCAACAGUUUAAGGAACAAAUGAAAUGUUUGAUACAAAAUGUUGGUGAGCAUUGGCCUGAUAUAACAAUUAGCGAAGAAAUACUGCGUAAUCCUACAACAAAUUUUGUAAAAGGUUUUUAUGCUAACUUUUACUCUGAAUUCCAAGAGGUAACAACUCGCAUCAAAAACGAUAUUUUCAAUCAAGAUGUAUGUAUAGACCAAAAUAUUUAUAAGGAUGAAUUAAGAUUUGCUAUUGAAAUGAAGAAAAUAUGUGGCCUUCUAGGAAUUCCUUUCAAUCUAAAUGAUAUAUUUGAACCACAGCCAAAACGCACAAUUCUUUUUUGCUCUCUUUUGAUGAACAUUGUAUUAUGUUUCAAACGUAAAACUGAAUAUAUAAAUAGUAUAGCAGAAUGUGUUCAAAAAUCUAAUCAUUUAACUGAACUGAAAUCAUCUAAAAAUGUUCUACUUGAAGAAAUUAACGAUCUAAAUGCAUUGGAAAUACAAUUAGAAGAUGAUAUAAAUGAUUUAAAAAAAGGUAUAGGAAACUUGACAGAAGAACACAAAGACAUCAUGAUGCAAAAAACUAUUAAAGAUAUCAAAUAUCAGCAAGACUAUAAAGUAAUAGAUAAAUUGAAAGAAGAUAACACAGCUUCUAAAGAAAAUUUGAACAUUUUCUCAACGAAAAUCUCUUCACUUCAAAAACAGAUUGUGAAUGAAAAUGAAAUUGAUGAGCUCAAAAAUGAAAUCAAUAAUGUGGAAAAAGAAUUGGAAGAUUUGGAUACUAACCGAGCUGGUAUUACAUUAAGUUUGGAAGAUCAAAGAGAAAGUUAUAAAAAUUACCAAAAAUGUCUUGUAUCUAUAAAAAAUCUUGACUUCAAUUUAGAUAUAGAGAAAUGCAAAACAGCCAUAGAAAAAUUGACUGCUACAAGUCAACAGGUGAAUACAUUGGUGAAUGAACAGUUUACAUAUAAAACUUCUGAACUGAAAUGUCUUCUGGAAGAACAUGACAAUCUUGUUGAAAAUCUUCAGCAAUUGAAUGGAAAAUUUGUCAACAUAACAACUGAAAUGGAGAAAAUACAUUUCGAUUUGAAAAAACUCGAUUUGAAAAUUCUAGAAGAUAAAGAUAUUCUGAAGAAUUACGAAACUGAGAAUAAAAAUUCCAAAGAAAAAAUUUUAGUAGUGAAGGAUGAUAUAUCAAACAUGAAAAGUUGUUUGGCUACCAAAUGUGAUGAAUACAACAAAUUACUGGAACAAGUGAAUGAAAGUUUUCAUGAAAAAUUAUUGAACACCCAUAAAAGUUUAGCAAAUAUUCAGAAUUGAAAUUUAUAUUGAUCUUAUUGCAAUUGUUUUUUUGUUUGUAUAGCUCAUAGGAAAAAACCACCAGAAAUUUCUUAAUGUAAGUAAUAAUUAUAUAAUUUUAUUGUAAA